UCUUUCAAUAUUUUCUUUCUAAUUUUACUAUAACAAAUAUGACAGAAGUAGCUCAAAUCGAUGUCACCAAGUUGACUCCUUUGUCACAUGAAGUUAUUUCCAAACAAGCUACAAUCAAUAUUGGUACUAUUGGUCAUGUAGCUCACGGUAAAUCUACCGUUGUUAAAGCUAUUUCUGGUGUCCAAACUGUUCGUUUCAAAAAUGAAAUGGAAAGAAAUAUUACAAUCAAGUUAGGUUAUGCCAAUGCUAAGAUUUUCAAAUGUAGAAAUCCCGAGUGUCCUAGACCUGGUUGUUAUAAAUCAUAUGGUUCCGCUAAAGAAGAUAACCCUCCUUGUGAACGUCCUGGCUGCGGUGGAACUAUGGAGCUUGUUCGUCACAUUAGUUUUGUUGAUUGUCCUGGUCACGAUAUUCUUAUGACUACCAUGUUGUCCGGUGCAGCUGUCAUGGACGCAGCACUUUUAUUGAUUGCAGGCAACGAAUCAUGUCCUCAACCUCAAACCUCCGAACAUCUUGCAGCUAUUGAAAUCAUGAAACUCCAACACGUCAUUAUUCUUCAAAACAAGGUCGAUCUUGUUAAAAAGGAAGCAGCUCAAGAACAACACCAAGAUAUUCUUAGUUUUGUUAAGGGCACCGUGGCUGAUGGAGCACCUAUUGUCCCCAUCUCUGCUCAACUUAAAUACAACAUUGAUGCAGUCAAUGAAUACAUCACCAAAAAGAUUCCUAUUCCUGUUCGUGAUUUUACAGCUGUUCCUCGACUUAUUGUGAUUCGUUCAUUUGAUAUUAACAAGCCAGGUGCUGAUGUAGACAAUCUUCAAGGUGGUGUUGCUGGUGGUUCAAUUCUUAAAGGUGUAUUGAAGAUUGGCGAUGAUAUCGAAGUACGUCCUGGUGUAAUUAUUAAGGAUGCAGAAGGCCGUAUUAGAGCACGCCCUAUCUUGUCCAAGAUUUUGACAUUGGCAGCUGAAACCAACAAAUUAGAAUUUGCUGUUCCUGGUGGUCUUAUUGGUGUAGGUACUCAAAUGGAUCCUACCUUGUGUCGUGGUGAUCGUUUAGUAGGUCAAGUGUUGGGUUAUCCAGGUAGUUUACCUUCUAUUUAUACAGAAUUAGAAAUUUCCUACUUUUUGUUACGUCGUUUGUUGGGUGUUAAGACAGAUGACAAAAAGCAAGCUAAGGUGGCCAAGUUGGCUAAAGGUGAAUUGCUAUUAGUCAAUAUUGGUUCCGUUUCAACAGGUGGUCGUGUUGUAGGUGUAAAAGCUGAUCUUGCAAAGAUUGUCUUGACUGGUCCUACUUGUACUGAAGUUGGUGAUAAGGUGGCUAUUUCUAGAAAGAUUGAAAGACACUGGCGUCUUAUUGGUUGGGGUAAGAUCAAACGUGGUACUGUUUUAGAAGCAGAAGCAAAUUAAUUAUAAUAAUAAUAAUAAUAAUAACAAUAAUAAAAAAAAUAAAUAAAUAUAAUUUUAUUGUGCAUUUUUUGAUUA